UUCAGUCUGGGUGACUGUGAAGCACUGGGCCAGAACCGUAGUACACACCCCCUGCUCUCGCCUAAAAUCCGUGUGUAUCUGUGAGCGAGAGACACACAGACACAGAUCUGCUAUCUCCACGCUCCUCAGUGUUUUGAGCUCAAUCGGAAGGAAACUGCUGAAGCCGCGGGACACGAGGCAAGCCUGCUGUCUGACAGAAAAUGGGGAUGUUCUGUGUACACACUUUGUUCAUAAUUGUAAUAGCACUGACCUUUAUAACCUUGUGUGACACAAUCAAGCCCACUCAGAGGCCAAAGUACCAGUACACCAAGAAACCCCCUAGAGAGGUGGUCCAAACUACUGCAUAUGCAGGCAAGCCUACAGUCACAGCACGGAUUGUGGACUACACCAAAAUAAGAGAGCGCUUCCCUGCAUACAUCACAGAGAGCACUACACUUCCUGCCGACAGCUAUAUAGACUACCCUACAGAUACCACCGCAUCUCCAACAACAUCGAAAGACAAUUACACACUAGACUAUAAUGAAUGCUACUUCAACUUCUGUGAUUGCUGCCCUCCAGAGAAAGGCCCACAAGGGUUCAAAGGAGACAUAGGACUGCCAGGCAUACCUGGGGAAAAGGGAGCACCUGGACCCAAAGGUCUACCAGGUCCAAUAGGGCCAAAGGGCAUUUCAGGAUCUAAAGGGGAUAAAGGAGAGAAAGGUGAUCAAGGAAACACAGGACUUACAGGAUCUCCAGGCAUCCAGGGGAAGGCUGGAAUGAAAGGUGAGAUGGGUAUUAAAGGUGAGAAGGGUGCAGCUGGCCUGCCAGGAUUCAAAGGUUCUAAAGGGGAAAAAGGAGAUCCAAAUCUGAAUGUGUCAAAGGGUGAUAUGGGAGAGCCAGGAAAAGAUGGACCACCAGGACCCCAAGGCAUGACUGGUGAAAAGGGUGAAAAAGGUGAUAGAGGAGAGUGCGGUUUACUUGGUGAGAGGGGCCAGAAAGGUGAGCCGGGUGACCCUGGACCACCAGGUGUGCGUGGAGACCCUGGUCCAUCUGGGCAACACGGUAUGCACGGAACUCCAGGCAUCGCCGGAGAACGUGGGGAACCAGGAAUUCCUGGAGCAAAGGGUGAGCCAGGAACACGUGGGCCACCAGGAAACAAAGGUAUGAGAGGUCUGAGGGGAAUAAAGGGUGACCGCGGCCCCCAGGGGAAACGUGGAGACCGAGGCCUACAGGGAAUGAAGGGUGCUAUGGGUCAAAGUGAAUCGAGAGUACGUUCUGCUUUCAGCGUUGGCCUAUAUCCCAGCAAGUCUUUUCCUCCUUCGGGAUUUCCAGUUCGCUUCGACAAGAUCUUCUACAAUGGAGAAAACCAUUAUGACAUCGUCACAAGCAAAUUCAACUGCACCUACUCAGGAGUUUAUGUGUUCUCCUACCAGAUCACAGUGAGAAACAAGCCACUUCGUGCUUCUUUGGUGGUGAAUGGGGUGCGUAAGGUACGUUCGAGAGACACUCUACAAGGUCAAGACAUUGACCAGGCAUCCAAUCUAGUGGUCCUGAAGCUGGAUGUCGGAGACCAGGUUUGGGUAGAAACACUGAGAGACUGGAAUGGUGUCUACUCUAGCAGCGAGGACGACAGCACCUUCUCUGGGUUCUUGCUCUACCCUGACUAACGCCAUCUCCAUGUAUAAACCAGGGCUAGAUCUUGAACU